AUGGGCUUCUGGAGAAAUUGGAUUGGUUAUCCAGGCCAGCGUCACACUGUGUUACACACUGCUAAAACCGUGGACCCUCAAGACUUUGACGCAGUUGGAGAAAAAGAGCCAAACAUUGACAUCGAAAUUAGAAGACAAGAUGAAGUUGGUUUCAAUGGAUGUAAAGAGACUAAAAUGGAUAAAGGACUGGACUUUUUAGUGUGGGUGGUUGGAACACAGUUUACGUUUUGGACCAUGUGGGCCAUUCUGAUUGCUUGGGCAGUUAUCGGUAUUGUGUUUGACGCACCGAAUACCUGGCAAGUUGUUAUGCAGGAUGCUCAAUCGAUUCAGACUUAUAUUUGGGAUACUCUCUUGAUGAGACAACAGUUGAUGCAGUCUUUUGAACAGAAUCUGAUUUGGGCGGAGUUUAGCUCUAGAGUUGCUACCUAUAGAAGAUUACUUAGUUCACCGGACUACGUCGAUUCUGAAAAGAUAGAAUCUGCUGAAAAGCUAGAAUCGGGAGAAACGAAGGAACAAAAAUACCUUUCAAACAUUGACUACGCUGAAUCUUCAGCUGUCGACCUUCCUGUGGAAGGUUGGUUUGACAAAAUGUCCUCUUUCUUGAACGAGGCAAUUGGUUCGUUACCUGCAGUCAUUAUUUACUGGGCAGGUAUCUUUGUUUGGAUCGGUUGCGGUGCGCUUGAAUCUAGCACUGGAAACAGCCCUCCAUUCACCGGUGUAACUACUGGCUCUAAUCCUGAGAGAGGCACUUUCACUAACACGUGGCAGAUGUACAUUAACACUGCGACAGCAGUGGUACUCUUGAUUACAUCUGUCUUUUUGCAGAAUGUCAGAGAGAGACAUGAUCAAUAUGUAAAAAAGACGCUCGAUGAGAUAAUGCAUUUAGAUUACUCUAUUGAAGCUAGAAUACGUGCUGUCAAGAAGGAUAUGGAGCCCAACCUUGAAAUGGCCUUGGUGCCAGAGAAAAGAACUAUAGCGAUUCAUGCUAUCGAUUGGUAUGCUGAUAUGAUUGGUACCGGUAUUGGUGUUAUUAUUGCAAUUUUUGUUAUCGUUGUUUGGUUGUUGAUUGGUCAUCCAAUGAACUGGAGUGAUAACUGGUGGCUUAUUAUUGGAACUUACACUGGUCUAAUUGGAUUUAUUGAUGGUUUUGUCCUUCGUAACGUAUAUAUGCGAAUGGUGAAUCAGGAUGAGAGUACCUAUGCUAGAUGCAAAGAAGAAGACAAAGUCCUAUUUGGUGAGCUUGGGCUGGUGUUCCCUGAGGAACCUGAAGUUCCUCCCGCUACUCUUUCGUACAAGAUUUCUGUUUGGGUCAACGAUGUCUGUUCUACGACAUGGGCUGUUGGAGUGUCUCUCCUUAUUGUUCUCGGACUUAUAAUUUGUGCAAGUGCGUUGAGAUGGAGUGAGAUGGGACAGUUACUCUGUAAUACUCCUACUAUGAUUAUUGAAGGAUUCUUCCUGAUUAUUUUAAUGCAAGCUCACAACUGGGCAGAUGAAGACGUCAGAAAAGAGGUACACUCCUUGUUUGUGAGAAGGAAAAUCCUAUUUCAGUAUGUAGAUCAGCUUUAG